AAAGUCGUUUACCGACCGUGCGGCUUAUAAAACGAUUCCAUGCUCAUCGGCGCUCCGAAGCGCACCGAGGUAUCCGUAGCGAGCAAGAGUUUGCGACUCACACGCGAGGGACGAGGCAGGCAUGAGUUGUGGCGCCGGCUCCACGCUUCUUUUCAAACUGGCAAUCGCCGCCGUUUUUUUGCGACCAUGGAUUAACGGGGCGUCCACGUCUGAUCAUCAAGAGCUUCGACCACUAAACGAGGCGGAGCUGAGCAAGUUGCUGUCGGACCUGCUGCUGCUGUACCCGUCGGCGUCCGAGUGUCCCGCUCCCCGGGUGCCCGUGCCCAAGCAUCGCUGCAGGGCCAAGCCGUGCGCCAGGGACGACGACUGCCGCCGGCACAGCCACCGGUGCUGCUUCAACGGGUGCCUCUUCACCUGCGUGCCCAGGCUACCGCCUGCCGCAGUGAUUGAUUGGGCAAAGGAGCCUCAACCAGCGGGAAACACAAGCAAGUCAAAUAAAGAUGCUAAGGAGGUCACAACAGAAAAAGCAGUUGAAAACCACACCAGACGCCCAGUGUGCAGCCUGGCUCCCGCCCACGCGCCCGCUGCCCCGCUGCAGUGUCCCGAGGGCAUGGUGUGCAUCACGAGGGAUGUGGGGGACCCCCUCAAGGGAAUUCCCAGCCUGGGAGAGUGCAUCGUUGACCCCAGGCACGCGCUGGGCACAACCCUAUCAAGUGGAGAAACUGGACAUGCAGCACUGGAGGAGAGUAUUGCCAGUGAAACAGUUUUCCUGCCUGGAGGUUGCAUUCUUACCAAGGAGCAGUACAAGAGCAUAGAAGAGUUCAAACAGAAACCUUAUAUCACAGGAUGCACCUGCAAGCAAGGGUCCGUGGAGUGCAAGAUCUCGCCUGUGAAACCCUUCGACCGACGAAGACCAAAGAAGCGGUGACCUUGCUGGGCCUGACGGAAGGAGUUCUUUUUUGACGAUCGCUUUGGCAACGAGUUGUAUAUACUGUACAUAUCUAAUCUUAUCCUCGACACUGAAAGACACCUGACAUUAUCACGGAGCGAGGGCCCCUUCCUCCAAUCUGCUGCCCUGGAGAUACAGCAAGGGGGAGAAGACCCUCUUGCAAUCUUGAUGUGUCCGUCCUGCCCGCUGACUGCGGGCUUUCCGUUUCCGGUGUUCAAUCCUGGGGUGAGAAGGGGAGAGGGGGAGAGAGAGAAAGGGGAGUGCGGGCGACGCGGACGUCACUGAGGCUCUUCAUGCAGGAAGCUCCGAGACGUCCAGAGAACGUGUUGUGACCCAAUUUCGCAGACACUUCCACCGUGAGGUGGGCACCAUUGAUCAAACAUAGGAGAGAAUAAAACUAACUUCAUCCAGGA